AUGGAAAAUGUAGGUAGUGACAAUAUUGAUUAUGAUGUAAAGGCAAAAAAUAAAUGUAGCUUGGUUUCUUGGCUUCCAAAUGUACAGCCUUUUGCUAUUGAACUUGGACAUCUACUUCUUCACAAAACCUUAUUUUCGAAGGCCAGUGAUGAGAAACCACACAACUAUAACAACUUCAUUCUCCUGGGUCUGACAGAUGACCCACAACUGCAAGUUUUGGUUUUUGUCUUUCUAUUUCUCACUUACAUGUUGAGUGUUGCAGGGAACCUGACUAUUAUCACCCUCACAUUGGUGGAUCCCCACCUUAAAACACCUAUGUACUUUUUCCUCAGAAAUUUUUCCUUCUUAGAAGUUUCAUUUACCACUGUCUGUAUUCCUAGAUUCCUGUACAGUGUAUCAAGUGGAGACAAUUCCAUUACCUACAAUGCUUGUGCAAGUCAAAUAUUCUUUGUUAUUCUGUUUGGAGCAACAGAAUUUUUUCUGUUAGCAGCCAUGUCUUAUGAUUGCUAUGUGGCCAUCUGUAAACCCCUGCAUUACAUGACCAUAAUGAGUCACAAGAUGUGUAUCUUAAUAGUCCUCUCCUGUUGGGUAGCUGGCUUGAUGAUCAUUGUUCUACCACUUAGUUUGGGCCUGCAGCUUGAAUUCUGUGACUCCAAUGCCAUUGACCAUUUUAGCUGUGAUGCAAGUCCCAUUUUAAAGAUCUCAUGCUCAGACACAUGGGUGAUAGAACAAAUAGUAAUAUUUAUGGCUGUGUUUGCACUCAUUAUUACUCUGGUCUGUGUGGUUCUGUCCUACACAAACAUCAUCAGGACAAUUCUGAGAUUCCCUUCUAUGCAGCAAAGAAAAAAGGCCUUUUCUACCUGCUCGUACCACAUGAUUGUGGUUUCCCUCACCUAUGGAAGCUAUAUUUUCAUCUACAUCAAGCCAUCAGCAAAGGAAGAGGAGACCAUAAAUAAAGGAGUUUCAGUUCUCACUACUUCUGUUGCACCUUUGUUAAACCCUUUCAUUUAUACCCUGAGGAACAAGCAAGAGAAACACACUUUCAAUAACUCUAUGAUGAAGAUUGCAUUUCUGUCAAAGAAGAAGUUUUGCAGAAUUAGAGUAAAAUGA